GACUGAGGGCCCGCGGCGGGGCCGGAUGAGGUAGUUCCCGGUGCGUCUGGGUAGCUGUCGUCCGCCAAGUUCCUUCUCUCCGUGGUACGCCUGUGAGGCGAGCUUCCGGCAGACGAAGCUUCGGGAUGGAGCACAUCCGUACGACCAAGGUUGAGCAAGUGAAAUUACUUGACCGAUUCAGUACCAGCAACAAGUCAUUAACAGGAACACUGUAUCUUACGGCCACACAUCUAUUGUUUAUAGACUCUCACCAGAAAGAAACCUGGAUAUUGCACCACCAUAUUGCCUCAGUAGAGAAAUUGGCUUUGACUACUUCUGGAUGCCCACUUGUGAUUCAGUGCAAGAACUUCAGGAUUGUGCAUUUCAUUGUUCCCAGAGAAAGAGAUUGCCAUGAUAUUUACAACUCUUUGCUACAACUGUCUAAACAAGCAAAAUAUGAAGAUCUCUAUGCAUUCUCUUAUAAUCCCAAACAAAAUGAUUCAGAACAACUACGAGGUUGGCAGCUCAUUGACCUUGCUGAGGAAUAUAAGAGGAUGGGAGUGCCAAAUUCAAACUGGCAGUUGUCCGAUGCCAACCGAGAAUACAAGAUUUGUGAAACUUAUCCGAGAGAACUUUAUGUUCCCCGAAUAGCAAGCAAACCAAUAAUUGUUGGUAGUUCCAAGUUCCGGAGCAAGGGAAGAUUCCCAGUUCUUUCCUACUAUCAUCAAGAUAAGGAGGCUGCCAUUUGUCGAUGUAGUCAACCGCUGUCAGGAUUCAGUGCCAGGUGCCUGGAGGAUGAACAUUUGCUUCAAGCCAUUAGUAAAGCCAAUCCAGUCAAUCGCUAUAUGUAUGUCGUGGAUACUAGGCCCAAACAUCGCAUGCAGAGCUGGUGGGCUACACAAAAGGACAUUGGCAGAAUUAUAGUGAAAAUUUCUUCAAAAAUCUGGAAUGAUGAGAAAAUAAGAGAAAGCCCUGAGCAAAAGCGACUGAAUGCAAUGGCCAACAGAGCAGCUGGAAAAGGUUAUGAAAAUGAAGACAACUAUUCUAAUAUUAGAUUUCAGUUUGUUGGAAUUGAGAAUAUUCAUGUCAUGCGGUCCAGCCUUCAGAAAUUAUUGGAAGUCAAUGGUACCAAAGGGCUUUCUGUCAAUGAUUUCUACUCUGGUUUGGAGAGCUCAGGAUGGCUUCGCCAUAUCAAAGCUGUUAUGGAUGCUGCAAUCUUCUUAGCCAAAGCAAUAAUGAUUGAAAAUGCAAGUGUGUUGGUACAUUGUUCUGAUGGUUGGGAUAGGACUUCCCAAGUUUGUUCCCUUGGGUCUCUUUUAUUGGAUUCCUUCUACAGGACAAUCAAAGGAUUCAUGGUUUUAAUAGAAAAGGAUUGGAUCUCCUUCGGACAUAAAUUUUCAGAGAGGUGUGGCCAUUUGGACGGUGACCCAAAGGAAGCCUCGCCGGUGUUUACCCAGUUCUUGGAAUGUGUGUGGCAUUUGACUGAACAGUUUCCACAAGCCUUUGAAUUCAAUGAAGCAUUUCUUCUUCAGAUCCAUGAACAUAUUUAUUCAUGUCAAUUUGGAAACUUCCUUGGAAAUUGUCAGAAGGAAAGAGAAGAACUCAAGUUCAAGGAGAAGACUUACUCCCUGUGGCCGUUUCUUUUGGAUGACCAAAAGAAGUACUUAAAUCCUCUCUACAGCUCCAAAUCUCAGAAAUUUGCAGUUUUGGAGCCAAAUACAGUAUCUUUCAAUUUUAAGUUUUGGAGAAACAUGUACCACCAAUUUGAUCGAACAUUGCAUCCUAGGCAGUCUGUGUUUAAUAUAAUUAUGAAUAUGAAUGAGCAAAAUAAACAGUUAGAGGAUGAUAUUAAAGACUUAGAAUCUAAAAUUAAGCAACAUGAAAAUAAGCAAACAGAUGGAGUUCUCACCAGGGAAUCGUUACAUUCAGUUCGUCCUGAAUCACCUACCCUCAAAACUUCCUUGUGUUUUAAGGAGCAAACUCGGCUACCUGUGAAUGAUGCUCUUCGAACUAUAGAGGGCAGCAUCCCAGCAGAUAAUCGGUAUAGUGAAUACGCUGAAGAGUUUUCCAAAUCGGAACCUGCUGUGGUCAGCUUAGAGUUUGGCGUGGCGAGAAUGACUUGUUAGACUCAUAGGGUAUUUUCUGGACUGACGGUAGUGCAAGAAAUGGAUUAUUGUGAGGAUGAUCUGUGUGCAUGACCAAAAGGAAUUUGUCUAUUAAUAAUCUUAGAGUUUAACAGUAGGCUGAUAGUUGAAGGAUAAUAACUGCUCUUGUGAGAGAAAUAAGUCAGUUUAAUUGCAUUUCUAGCAAAGAAUGACUUUCAGUUCUUUAAGAAACGAGUGGUAUUGGCAAAUUAACUCAAAACACAGUUUGUACUGUAUACUAGUGAAUUGACAUUUCUGUAUGAUUUAUAUGUUAAUUACAGGCAAACAUGAAUAGCCUUCUUUAAGUUUAAUUUAAUUACCAGAAAACAAAACUUGACAAAGUGGUCCCUUACUUAAUAAUUGACAUGGCAUGUACUUUUGAUUAUGUAACUAUGUAACUAGGAAUAUUUACAUAUUUUGCCUAUUAGUGUUGUUUAAUAUUGAAGUGCCAUGAAAAAUAUUUCUAAGAAAGCCUUAAAAUCUCAUUUUAUUCUUUACUCUUAAGUUUUAGGGCCUAGAGCAAGGUUUUUUGUUUUGUUUUGGUUUUGGUUAGCCUUGUUUUAUUUGUAAGAAAUUGCACUCUCAUUACUGUAGGAGUUGCAUGCUACGAUACUUCUCUAUGAAUAGUUGUAGAAGUAGACUGUUAAGUUCAUGUUUAGUUGGUCCCACUUGCGUAUUCAAAAUUAAUGAAACUGAAGGUUUUUUUCUGAUUAUAAUUUGUUGAGUGCUACAUUUGAUGACUUAUUUACAACUUUGACAGAUUAUUGAUUUCUUGACUAUGUAUAAGCACAUUUGACUGUCUUUUGUGUAUGGAUUAUGCAUUCUAUUGGUUCUUAUUUUGUGGUUGGUUUUAUUCCUUUGAUAACUGUAAGUUUAAAAAGCUAAAGCUCUAAAACUGUUCUUAGAAACAAUGAAUAGUAUAUAUAUAUGUGUAUUUUUAAACUGUUUAAUCUCUCAAUAAGUUAUUCUUCCUGGAAUAAACUUUCAGCUUACCCCAAAAUUUUGGGGUUACAAAAAGAGAAGUACAAAUAGUUUAGGUUUUGCUUAGUCGCAUGAAUUUGAAAGCAGUCAUUUCUAUGUGGAACAUUUUUUUCUUCUCUGUUAACAUAGGGAAAAAAAGGAAAAUUAAGGAUAGCCUAGUAAAAAGUUAAUGUUUAACAGAAACAACUUAAAUGCCAGGAAGAGUUUCAUUUUGCCAUGUUAUGUUAACUGUUUAUUCUGUGUACUAGUACAUAUCUUUCAAUUACACACACACACAAAAUCACUUGCAAUUGGCAGUAUCACCCUGCUGGCUUUAAAAUUGAAAAUUUAAGUAAGAUGGGUGGCAUGAGGUAUGAUUCAAGGGUACUAGGAAAUCUGCAUAGGAUCCCUCGUGCUUCUCUCUAUUAUACCCACACCUAUUAUAUUAGUUUUAAACAUAAACAAAUACCUUUUUCAAAUGGAACAAGAGCCUUAUUGUAUUAGAGCUUAUCUAAUCCUGUUUAUUUUUCUAAUGCUUUUCUGUAACGCAUAUUAUGUAAUAAGAAAAAGACUCUUUUUAAAAUAGUAACAGAAAUGCACUAUAAAAUACAGUUUGUGAUUUAACCAAACCUAUUUCCAUAUUUAAGCACUGGGACAGGAAUCUUAAUCUGUGUGACCACAAAGGGAAGCUUUUGUGCCUUGUUACUUGGUUUGAGUUACUGAUUGUGGUUUUAGACCUUCCAUGGUAGACUUCUUAUAGUUAACUCUUUGAUUUAUUUUCUUAAUCUUCAACUUGGGGCAUGUAUAUGUUUGUUUAUAUGCUCACACAUGGACUGAGAAAUCAGUUAACAUCCUAAGUGACCUACAGGGUAUAUGUUGGCAAAAAGCAGAUUGUGUAUAUGUCUUAUAAAAUUGAAUUUACGUUCAGUGUGUUUGGGAAUGUAUAGCAUGUAAAUUAUUACAUAUAUUAUUUAAAAGUAAUUAAAUGUUUCAUGUUUUAUUUUGAA